AUGGAACUUUUCCCCUGUGAGAACAAGCUGAGAGUGCUGGGGAUCUUCAGCCUGGAGAAGAGAAGGCUCCAGAGAGACCUCAUAGUAGCCCCAAGUCUCCAAACAGAAAUGGUCCUAACCCUCCACCUCUAUUUGCAGAAUAUUCUUGAGCUGAAAGUCUAUGAUGAAAAUACAAUCACUAAAGAUGAUCUCCUCUUCACUGUCCUCUUUGAUGUUGCUAAAAUACAGCUUGGAGAAACUGUUCGCUUGACUUUCCAGCUAAAUCCAGAGCCUCCCCUCACCCAAUCCGAGUGGGUAAGACAUGAACUUUACUUCCCCUGUCAGUCAGAUGGUGGCAACAGAAGUCUUUUGCAUCACAUCUUUUUGCACAAAGUGAUGCCAUUGCUUACAUCAGUGCAUCUAAACUGUUGCUUAAUUUCAGCAGUACAAUGUCUCAUCUCUAAUACGCAUAUGGCUUUCUCUGCCUUUCUGCCUUGCUGUGUUGGACAGGUGCCAGUGGUGGCCAUCACGACGACUGGGGGCGGGACGAGGUCACUGACAGCGAUGUAUGGCAGCCUACUGGGGCUCCAGAAACUCAAUCUGUUAGACUGCAUUUCUUACAUUGGUGGUUUAUCGGGUACCACAUGGACAAUGGCAAACUUGUAUGAAGAUGCUGACUGGUCAGAAAAAUAUCUGGAAGAGGCAAUCAAGGAAGCUCGCAAGCAAGUAACCAAAAACAAGAUCUGCUGUUUUUCCUUGGAUUGUCUGAAGUACUACUACAAUGACCUGAUGGAGAGGGUUAAAGAAGGACGUAACACGUCUUUCAUAGACUUAUGGGGGCUUGUCAUUGAAUCUAUGCUACAUGAUAAGAAAGAUGAACACAGACUCUCGGAUCAGCGGCAGGCAGUGGAUAAUGGGCAGAACCCAUUGCCCAUUUAUGUGGCCAUCAACCUCAAGUCCAACUAUAGCGCUCAGGCAUUCAGAGAGUGGUUGGAGUUCACUCCCUAUGAAGUCAGUCUCCUGAAAUACGGAGCAUCUAUCCGUGCAGAACAUUUUGGAAGUGAAUUCUUUAUGGGAAGGCUUGUGAAGAGGCUCCCAGAGACUCGGAUCUGCUACAUGCAAGGCAUGUGGAGUAGUAUAUUUUCCAUAGAUGUGAUGUAUGUCUGGAAUUUGGCUGCUGAUUCAGAGGAUUUCUGGUUUAGAUGGACCAGGGACAGAGUAAAAGAUAUUGAGGAAGAACCCUUUCUGUCCAUGAAUCCUUAUGAGGUAGACACAUGUCUGCUCACUCCCUCAUCCACCUUCUCCACUGUUCUGCGAGAUGUCUUAACGGGACGCCCAACCAUUGCACAGUAUCCCAAUUUUAUCAGAGGUUUACAGAUGCACAGCAAGUACCUGGAGAGUGAUGGAUUUUCUACCUGGAAAGACACAGUGAUAGACUCCUUCCCAAAUAAACUGAUGGAAACAGCUAAUGAUGAGCUCUCCCUGGUUGAUACUGGGUUUUUCAUCAAUACCAGCUACCCACCACUUUUGAGAUCGAAAAGGGAAGUGGAUGUCAUCCUGCAUUUAAAUUACAGUGGAGGGUCCCAGACACUGCCUCUGGAUCAGAUUGCAAAAUAUAUAUCGGGGCAAGGAAUUCCAUUUCCCAAAAUUGAAAUAAGUGAUGAAGACAGGGAAAACUUGAAGGAAUGUUAUGUUUUUGAAGAUGCUGAGAGUCCACAAGUUCCAACAGUGCUCUUUUUUCCCUUAGUGAAUGAUACCUUCAAGAACUACAAAGCUCCUGGUGUGGAAAGGAGUCCUGAAGAGAUGGCUGAAGGCAGAGUUGAUGUUUGCAGUAUCCUUUCCCCAUUUACAACAAGGGAGGUCUGUUUCAGUGAAGAGAAUUUUGACAAACUGGUGAAACUGACUGAUUACAAUGUUCUGAAUAAUGAAAAGUUGAUUAUUCAGGCCUUGCGCAUGGCAGUGGCACGGAGGAAGCAGAGGAAUUACUAGCCGCCAUUUGCUAACUUUAAACUCCCACGUGAUAUUUCUUGGGUUGUCUGUCAUCUAGUGAGAUUAAAAUGUUUGAUGCUUGCCACUCUAAUCUGCAGUCGAAAUUGCGUCACCCCUUGGAAUUGCUGGACUCCAGUUCAUUCUAUUUAAAUGACUGUUCAGAUGGGCAGAAUGGAAUUUACAGUGCUUUCAUCCAAAAGAAACUUUAAAACAACAAAUUUACAUUUAAAUUUGUUGUUUUGUUUUAGUUUUGUUACCUUGUUAUUUUGCCAAUGGAGAUACUAUAUAAUAUAAUUUAAUAUAGCGUUUUCUGUGAUUACAAUGAAAUAUGUAGCACAUUAAAAAUGUGAAUCAAGCCAAAACUCAUACGUUUUUCUGUCUGGCCAAACAGCAAUCCCUUGAACUGGAAUCUCUCUGUUUGUUAGCUUAUUGAUUGUGUUGGUCUUGCUUAUCUUAAUCAUUGACACUAUGAAGUUUAUCAUCUCUGAUGUGAUUGUCUACUAUGAGAUUUUUUUAAAAUUCAAAUGGCUUUCUUCACUAGUCUUUGAAAAUAAGUGUUUUUUCAAGUUACUACCAGUGUUAAAAAUAAUCUAUGAAGCUUUGACCAUCUAUUAAAAGAAAACCCAAACAACUCAGAAUGAAGUCGUCACUGUUUCAUGCUGUCAUAAUUGUCCUUUAAAAUGCUAUUCACAGAACCAAUUAUAUUCAGCCUAAGUAGUUGCUGUGUUUCCCAACUCCUUUGAUUUUUCUCUUGGAGUUGCUGCCUGUUCUGCCUCUCAUCUUUACCUGCCUUAAAUGUUCCUGUCAGCAGUCCAUCUUCCAAUGUUUCAGAGGAUGGAAAGUGGCUGAUAGCUGGUGCAUAGAAUACGACAAUGCAAGAAGACCUUUUGAGCAACUUUCCAGAUAUAGUUU